AGGAUAUAAUAAACAGCAGUUGCACCGAUGUAAGUUUUAGAAUUUGAAUGAGAAUCUCACCAUGACUGAGACCCAGCUUUGCCGUGCAAAAUAUUUAGUGGUGUACAGCCUCUAUGGUGUAUCAAAUUACUUGAAUUGCCUCCCCUAGCAGAUAAAAAAGAUAAACAAAGUUGAACAAGUGUUUUUCAGAGAAACUAAGUGUUAUGUCGCAGUCAGACGAUAUGCAAGAGGCUGAUCUUGGUCUUGGUGAUGGAUUGAAACCAGGGGGUCUAACAAUUUUGUCAUCGGAACCACAGAAUUCGGACGAGAGCCAUUUGUUGUCAAAAGUGUCAUAUAAUUCGGAUGGAAACAAUCACUCCGGAUGCAGCUGUUCAGAGGGAUCUGAGGAUGAAUUUGAACUCACUUUAAUGCCUAUACAGCAAAUACAUGAUCUCAAAACUCAGUAUUCUUAUUUAGUGCCAAAACAUUCUAGUCGAUCCUGUGAAACAUUCAGUGAUAAAAAUGAAGAAAAUCUUAUUUAUGAUGAUAGAUAUUUUGGUCCAAAGUCAAGUGAGAAAUCCACUUGUGAAGAGAACUCUUACAGGGAUACUGGAAAGGACAGCAAUAAUGAUGAUAGAAAACCAGAGUUUCCUACUUAUGCCGAUGUUUCAUAUGGAACAUCUAUCCGUCAACAGAAAGAGUUGUUUAAUCAAAACAUUGAGGAGAUUAGGAAGAAGAUGAAUGUUUCUUUAUCAAACACAAAUAAUUCUCCUGAAAAAGAAAGAGUGAAAGCUGAGAAUCAUAAACCUAGAAAGAAAAGGACAUGUGAGGAGAUUGCCAUGAAGUUGGCUGAAACAUUACAGGAAGUUGAGGAUCUAAAGACAGAACUUGACACAUGUGAACAAAGACUGGAAUCAAAGUACAAAGCCAUUGACAUUCUUAGAAAACAGGCAGAGGAAGCCCAGAAACAGCUCAGAUUCACUGAAAGGACCUCAAAGGAAACUUCUCUAAAGUUGUCUCAGGUUAAUGUAGCUGGUGGUGGUAGUAGUGAUAGAGUUACCUCCCUUGUUGUCCAGCCCGACCAGGAUCUUGGUGAAUUGUCAACGCAACUUUUAAAGCCAAGACGGCAGGCUGACAGACAGAAAGAUGAUCAUAAACCUAAAACUGUUCCUGUAGAAAAAUAUAGAAGGUAUUUAGUUCUCGGGAAUGAUAGCUUGGUACAAGUGAUUUGAUAGUUUUAGCUUUGAUAAAAAAGACCUUUGUAACAUAAGUAAAGAUUAAAGAAAAAUCAAAUUUAGGUCCCAGUUUAAUAUUAAGAUGAAAUUAUAAAUAUUUUCUUGUAUGUGGCAAAAAAAAGUGAUAAGUAAUUUUGAUCUGACUUUCAUUUUUUUUUAAAUUUUUAGUAAUUUCUAGCUAAUCUGUUUCACAGAAAAAUUCAAGCUAUUAUGAGCACUGCAUCAUUGUCAUCAAUGUUAUUGUGCAGAAACUUUGAUGCUUUAGAAAUUACCAACAUGAAACUUGGAGUACUUGCUUAUCUAGACAUGAUGCAGUCAUUAGACAAGGGGCA